CAGGAGUUGAGAUUCCUCACACUCAGUUUGAAAGGGUUACUGUCCAAAGGAAGACUGACCAGGAGAGUCCAGAGCUGACCAUGAACAGAUUAGUGCUCCUAUGUCUCUGCCUAUGCGCAGCAGUCUCACUAAUCAGUGGGAAGCCCAGCAGGAGAGCAGAGAAGCUCAGGAGGUCCAAACCCCUGGUAGCAACUGACUCAUCUGAACCGGAUGAUACUAAUGAUGCUGUUUUCCCCGGCCGCAGCGGGCAGUGCUCGGUGAAUGGGAUGUCCCUGUUUGACGGGGCUAUGUGGUCGCCUCAGCCCUGCCUUGUGUGCCAGUGUCAGAUGGGAACUGUCAGCUGUCACCCUGUUCCCUGUGCCGGUUCAAACAACCAGCAGACAGUGGCUCCCAAAGCCAAGAAGCCCUCCCCUAAUGCAGAGGACAAAGAGGGGAUCCCAAAGUGGAAGAAGAGUUUCCAAAGGAGAGCAGGAAGUCAGAAGGAGGAGCAGCCUGUUACUCCAGCGAAAGUGAAGAAGCAAGAAGAAGCAGUGAAGAAACAGGAAGUGGCAGUGAAGACAGAGGUUAGGAGGGCUGAUGUCCCUGUGGCCAAGAGGCGUGACCCAAAGAUAACCAAAGUCAGCCUUCCAUACCUUCCCUACGAUGACGAUGAUGACGAUCACGAUGACCACGACCACAGUGAGCAUGAUGAUGACGACGAUGACGAUUACAUCAUCAGGGCCAUGGGAAAGCCCACCAUGCGGGCCAACAGGCACCCGGUUGUGGCACCGACAGGGAGACCAGUCACCAUGGUGACUGGCCGACUGACUAAGACCACCACUAGGAAACCCGUGGUGAGGGUGCCGGGGCCAGGCCAUCCUGUGGUCACGUUCCCCAGGAGACACAGCAUCAUGGAGUCUCUCCCUGCUGGCUGCCUGCUCUUGGAGUCUCUGAUCACCUGUGGCAGCACUGGCAUGGCCCACAUCCCCAUCCUCUCAGAUCAGGGGGUCAAGACCCUCUAUCUGGCAGACAAUAAGAUCAGUAAGAUCCCUCACCAGGCACUGGCUGGGCUGCCCAACCUGGAGUGGCUGGACCUGAGCAAGAACAAGCUGGACGAUUCCUCCAUCAGCCCUGACCUGUUCCGGACCCUGACCAAGCUGAGGAGGCUGAAUUUAGAUGGCAACAAUCUGACCAAAGUCCCCUCGUUUUUACCGCCAUCCCUGGUGGAGCUGAAGAUCAAUGACAACAAGAUCCUGGGCCUCACACCUAGUAGCUUUAAAGGUUUGUCCAAACUGCUGACACUGGAGCUUGAGGAUAACCACUUCCAUGAUGGGAAUGUGUCACCUUUGACCUUCCGGCCCCUGAAGAAACUCAUCUAUCUGCGACUGGAGGACAACAAGUUACGGGCCAUCCCCUCUGGGCUUCCUAUGACCCUGCAGACACUUCACCUGUCAGAUAACAGAAUUGAAGAGGUGCAUGAGAGGAUCCUUAACAAGACUGUCAACCUCAGGUUUCUGGACCUCAGUUAUAACAAGAUCCGGGAGGACCGCAUAGCCCCAAGGGCCUGGAUACACCUGUUAAAGUUGGAGUCGUUGGAUCUGUCGCACAAUAAGCUGGUGCAUGUUCCCUCCUUCCUCCCUGUGGGCCUUAAGCAGCUCCACCUGCACCACAACCAGAUUGAGCGGAUCCCUGGCUACGUGUUUGGCCACAUGAAACCGGGACUGGACCUCCUGCACCUGUCCCACAACAGGCUGGCCAACGACGGCAUUGAUAAUGUGUCCUUCCUGGGUCUGUACAACACUCUGACUGAACUCUUGCUGGACCAUAACCAGCUUCGCUCCAUCCCCAGUGGGCUACUGAAGCUCAAGAGCCUGCAGCUCCUCCGCCUCAACCACAAUGUUAUCAGGUAUGUUCCUCUGAACUCUCUGUGUGACACGCGCCUGAGCGACGACUCGCCCCUAGUCUCCGUUCACCUGGAGUACAACUUGAUUGACCGGCGCCUCAUCCCACCCACUGCCCUCUCCUGCAUCAAGACCUACCACAGCAUCAUACUAGGGCCACAGAGUCACGAGGAAGAUUACCACCAUGAAGAUUACUAGUAUCCCUCUUCCUCCCCUCCCUCCUCCUCUUUCACCCCUCUCUCCAACCUCCUGUCAGUUUGUCCUGGGUUUGACCUAGUGCCUCAUUACAUAAUUCCCUCUGACCAUGUCUCUGAUUGUCUUCUCUGAUGCGUUGUGAUUAGGUUAGUCAGACUUGUGAUACCCACACUGUAUGCAACAGGUGAACUUAGACUUCUAUCCCAAGUCUUACCAUACGUCUAGGGCAAUGUUAAUGCAACCAGCCCUUUGUCAGUGGGCUUCAUUAUCACAAGUAAACAGACAGAUUAUGUGUUUGUCUUUGACCUGUUUCACAGAGUCACUCUGUAAGGCAGUGUUAGGUUUGACUUGUGACUUUAAUCUUGCUUGAUAGUAGUAUGUAUCAAAAGAAACGGAAUGUGCAAGUUACCCAGGGUGAUCCAGGUAGCUACUUGAUAGUAGUGCCCUCUACUCUAGACUCACUGUUGUUUUUUUAAUGAAUUGAUGAACAACUGUUUCAACUUUGACCAAAUUGUGUAAUGAAACAUUUUGAA